AAGUGGCGAAAUUUUAAGGAAAUUCUCCUAGAAAUGGAUUCCAUCCAAGAUGAACAAACCUGAACUUCUUGAACCUCUACACGGGUGGGACUGUUUUUCUUCCUGAAACAGUCUCAAAGGAAUUUCCAGCUACCUGAUUGCCCCUCUACACCUCCAUCAUGCCAGUCCUGGACCGAGACCCCUCUAAAGAUUUAGAGGGCAGUGAUAGCCUACCGAAGUUGCCAGUCCCUGCCCUGAAAGACACACUGGAUAUGUACAUGAGGUGCAUGAGUCACCUGGUCACAGAGGAACAGUUCAAAAAGACCGAAAAUAUAGUGAAGCAGUUUGGUGCCCCUGGUGGAGUGGGGGAGCUACUGCAGAACAAACUCGUGGAGAGGAGAGAAAACAAGGCAAACUGGGUGUAUGAGUACUGGCUGAAUGACAUGUACCUGAACAACAGACUGGCACUGCCAGUCAACUCCAGCCCUGCCAUGGUCUUCCCGCAGCAGAACUUCAGGGCUCCCAUUGACUCUCUAAGGUUUGCUGCACACCUAAUUUCUGGAGUGUUGGAGUACAAGUCUCUUCUUGAUGCACGUGCUCUGCCCAUGGACUAUGCCCGGGGUCAGCUAGCUGGAACCCCUCUGUGCAUGGAGCAAUACUACAGACUCUUCACUUCCUAUCGCCUGCCGGGGCCUGAGAGGGACACAUUAGUGGCCCAGGAGAGUACCGUAAUGCCAGAACCUGAGCACAUCAUUGUGGCCUGUAAAAAUCAGUUCUUUGUGCUCGAUGUGGUGAUCAACUUCCGCCGUCUGAACGAAAGAGACCUGUUGACUCAGCUGGAGAAGAUUGUGAAGAUGGCCGAAAGUGAAGAGGAACAGCUCGCACCCAUUGGUCUUCUCACUUCAGAUGGGAGGACAGAGUGGGCGGAGUCUCGAAGUGUGCUCAUGAGAGAGUCUACCAACAGAGACUCUCUGGACAUGAUUGAGCGGUGUCUGUGCCUGGUCUGUCUGGAUGACUCCAGCGGGCCGGACAUGACUGACACCACACGGGCCAUGCUGAUGCUACAUGGCGGAGGACUGGCCAAGAAUGGAGGCAACCGCUGGUAUGACAAGCCCAUGCAGUUUGUUGUAGGAUCUGACGGCUGCUGCGGAGUGGUUUGUGAACAUUCGCCAUUUGAAGGAAUUGUCCUGGUGCAGUGCACUGAGUAUCUGCUAAAAUACAUGAUAGGUAGCCCAUCUAAACUUGUCAGGGCUGCAAGUGUAAGUGAGCUGCCUGCACCACGCAGACUACGUUGGAAAUGCACCCCAGAGAUCCACAAGCUCCUUGCCUCUGCUGCUGACAAGCUCCAAAGGCUGGUGAGAAAUCUGGACAUGAAUGUCUACAAGUUCUGUGAUUACGGGAAAGAGCUCAUAAAGAAACAGAAGAUGAGUCCAGAUGCCUACAUCCAGGUUGCCCUUCAGUUAGCCUACUACAGGUGUCAUGGAAGACCGGUGCCAACCUAUGAGAGUGCUUCCACACGUCGUUUUCAGCAAGGCAGGGUGGACAACAUACGCUCAGCCACACCCGAAGCUCUGGCCUUCGUCAAGGCAAUGACUGAUGGGAAAUUGACCACGAGUGAUGUAGAGAAGAUGGAAAAGCUACGAGGUGCCAUAACUGCUCAGACCAAGUACACUAUUCUGGCUAUUACUGGGAUGGCAAUAGACAAUCACUUACUGGGAUUACGAGAAAUUGCACAUGAACUGAAGACAGAGAAGCCAGAGAUUUUCAAAGAUGAAGUCUAUCUCAUCAGUAAUCAGUUUAUUCUUUCUACAAGUCAGGUUCCUACCACUGUUGAGAUGUUCUGCUGCUAUGGCCCUGUGGUUCCUAAUGGUUAUGGGGCCUGCUACAACCCCCAGUCAGAUCACAUCAUCUUCUGUGUGUCCAGUUUCCGGGAGAGCCCGCAGACAUGCUCUGCCAAAUUUGUCAAAGUUCUGGUGCAGGGACUGCUGGACAUGAGGGAUCUAUGCAACAGAUGCAACACCGGCUCCAGUGCAACGGAGGCAACAAAGAGUCAGACACUGGAAAUGCACACACAGACUGAAACAAAUUGGCAAAGCAAAACACAGGAGGGACCCGCUGAGCAAACAAAGAGUCAGCAGCCUCUGCCACAGGUUCUGGUGAAGACAGCAGACCAGACGAAGGUGGAGGCUCAAACACAGACUUCAUCCCAGGGAGAGGCCAAAGACUUGAAAAGUGGAAGAAAGUCACAUGAAAUGGUAAAACAGUGAAAGGUGUGAUGUUAAAUAGUGCUGAUGGGAUGUAACAAUAUGUUCCUCUAACAUUCCAGAUAAAAAAAACAAAAAAGCCAAUUACUAAGUGUCGUUUUGCACUACAUUGCGGGGAAUCUGCCAAAGUGAAAUUAUUGUUGGGUGCCAAUCAAUGUUAGAAUUAUGGUUAAUCAUAAAACAGUAGCAUACAUGUGAGUUAAAAAAGACAAAGGGACAAAUUUCCCUUUUUAUGUCUGCAACCUUUCACUUACACAUAUGAUGUGUUCCUUAGUCUGUAUGGUUGGACAAAAUGUCUAGUCUGUGAGUUGUUUACCAGUCAGCUGUAUUAUGUCUACUGACGGGUUGCAUGCUGCUUUCUGAAGAUUUCUAAAAUUAAACUAAAAUCUUCUAUGCAAAUUACAUUUGUGGAGUCUUGAUAAAAUGCUAUGUCUAUUGUUCUUAUGUGUGCAACUACAAAAACAUAUGUUGUAUCCUUAAUCAAUGAUAACUACAUGUUCAGUUCAUACUGUGCUGGGAAUCAUCCUGUUCUAGUGUACACAGCAGAUAGAAACCUGUUGUCAAAGCUAAAAAAAAAAAAAAAAAAAAAAAAAAAAGGACAAUUUUUAGUUUCUCAAAGAAUGUGAAGUGAUCAGAAUUGUGUAUUUGUAAUUUUAUGACUAUAAAGUAUGAUAUGAAAUGUUAUUAUUUAUUUUUGUAUGACUAAUGUUGCGGUUACAGUGUGUACAAUGUGAAUUUGUAAAGUAAUUUAAAUGUAUCGAUCACAGGUGACUACUGUGUGUACAUGAAUAUAUUAAAAACAACAGCUUUAAAUAUUGUAUAACACAUCAUGAAAUGACAGUGCAGUGUGUGUGAUAUAUGUACUGUUACUGUUAUUUAGAUAUGUAUAUAUCCACAAAUAUUCAUUUAAAAUAGAGCACUCACUCACUCAUCAGCAUAUGUGACUGUUAUGGGAAUUUUGUGCAAAGUAGACAAAAUAAACCAAAAUCAUGUAAUGACUUAUGUUGGUUAAUGUUGCUGUUUACAGAGCAAGAGUAUCAACACUGUGAGAAUAAAAACAAAUGGUGUCACAGUUAUG